AAAAAAUGUUGAGCACGAAACUCAUCGCAGAUAUCACUGCGAUUAGUAAUACCACGUGACGAGUUGAAUAUGGCGGAGAAAAAGUCAUACUGGAAUCAAAUACAUCUAAAGUAUGUGGAUGGGCUAGAGAUAAUACAAGUUUUGGACGCCCCCACAAUAAGGAGGUUAGAAAAUGGAGAUGAAGAAUUACUCCAACAAAUUCGGAAAAAUGUGGAAGAGUCUGGAGUGGCAGAAGCUGCACAACAGCCUGCAUGCAUUGAAGAAAAAACUCUUGCAUGUACUAGUGUGGAUAAUUUGGAAUUUGAAGAUGAGGCUUCAAACAGUGAUCUGGAGGAAAACACAGUUGACAGUCUGCCAGUUUCAUGGACCAGAGAUGCCACAGAGCUUUUAAUAAGCCUAUAUGAGGAACACGAAGAAGAACUAGAAAAUCCACGGAACAAAAAAAAGGAUAUCUGGAGGAAGAUAACUGCAGAACUUAACGAAGCAGGAUACAAAUAUGUACAAAGCAAAGUUGAAGGGAAAUGGAGAAGCCUACUGGCAUCACACAAAGAUCUGUCUUUGAACAAGAAGCGAACUGGCCAGAAGAGGAAGACUUUCCAGUACUUUGAGAAAAUCGAUAACAUUAUAGCAAAACGCCAUGAUAUCAACCCUCCUUUUACUUCAGAAUUUCCAAAACAGAAGGAAACCAAAUUCAGCACAAAAGUAGAUAAAAACAUGAUUAGUUGCACUCCUUCACAAACAGACGAGGAAAGUUCCACCGUUAGUAAUGACAUUUCCUCUUUCAGCCAAUCUAGUACAGAUACAGCAGAUAUCAACAGCGACAGCGGAGAAAAUGCGAAUGCUGAAAAUACUGAAACCCCCUUGAGUAAAUCUACCACAGCAAAAAGAAGGCGAGAAAACAGGAAGAUAAAUAGUGAGAGUAACUCAGGUAUCAAGUUGCUCGAGUACUUAAAGGAAAUGGAAAAGCAGAGAAAAGAGGAAUAUAAGGAACGGGAAAAAAAAACGUGAUCAACGUGCUCAA